AUGAAGGGAUUCGAUAAACGGUCGUGUCAACAGGCUCUCGUGCUUCCUCUGCUGCUGCUCGUCGGCUGCGUGACUGGCGAGAUCGAGAGACGUACCUCGAAGCAGAUGGUCGAGGAGUCGCCCGAGAGCCUGGCCUCGACCUUGAGCAAAGACUGCGGCAAGUCCUACAGUGCCACUUGCCUCAAGCUGGACGUGGUGUCCUUCCUGGACAGGCUGUCCGAGCAGGAGGACAUCAGCAUCCUGCCGGGCGUCUCCGUCAUCAAGGAGAAUGACACGGCCAACAUGCCGGCUUCAGAGGUGGUCGCUAACCUGGCUAGGGACUUCCCGAACGACGUGGAGAAGAGACUGGACGCUUAUCUGGUUCACAAAGUGGGCAGUUACCUGAACAGCCACUCUAUAUCCAUCAAACUGUUCGACCCUAGGACUUUUGAGGCUGCCAGGAACUUCAACGAGGAGACGCUGGCGCAACUGGGUCUGGGACAGAGCGUCGGAACUGGACGGAAGAAGGAUAAGGGUGGCAACGGCGGUCUGAUGGCUGGGCUGCUGAUGAUGAAGGGUACUCUCGGAGCUGUCGGGUUCGGUGCGCUCGCUCUGUUAGCCGGUAAAGCGUUGAUGACGGGUCUGAUGGCGUUGAUGUUGUCGGCGAUCGUUGGACUGAAAGCCCUGACGAGCGGCGGCGAGAAGAAGACCACCUACGAGAUCGUGAGCAAACCCGUGUACUCCACAUCGCACACGCACAGCUCCGAGGAGCAUCACGGUCACGGUUACGGCCAUUCGGGAUACGGCCGAUCCUUGGACGCCAUUCAGGACUCCGUGCAGCAGGCGGUGCUGAAGUACGGGAACGCGAGGGAUCGCCGAUCGCUGUUAAAUUAA